AUGAGGCGCGCGAACACGGCUCAGCGACAGGAGGCCCCUGCACCGACACCUACUGCCACGAUGGUGGAUGAUGACGCACAGACCCAGGUCGAGGCAGAUGAUACGAGCGUUGAGGAUGAGUACGAGGAGGAAGAUGAAGACGAGGCGGACGAGGACAUUCCAGGAGACGAGGAGGGCGAAGAUGACGCCGCCGUACCAGAGCUGCAUGCCGAGCCGCCGACACUAGGUCUCAAGGAGAUCUCCAACCUGGGUAGACUCACCGUUAGCAGUCAUAAACUAGGAAACGGCGUCGAGUCUCUGCGGAGCGACGAUCUCGGCUUGUUCUGGCAGUCAGAUGGCCCUCAGCCGCACCGGCUGACGAUCUACUUUGUCAAACGGGUCGACAUUCGAGAGAUCCGGUUCUACGUCAACUACAACGAGGAUGAGUCGUACACCCCGACCAACAUUGUUUUCAAAUCCGGCACCAGCGAGAACAACCUCAUCGAAUUCGCCCACCUCAACCUAGAAAGCCCCGUUGGCUGGCAACAGGUCCCUCUCGCUGGUGCAGGCGGUGGUGCCGAUGGGAACACUCUCGUCUCGUAUGUUCUACAGAUGCAGAUUUUGGAGAAUCACCAGAACGGCAAGGACACGCACCUGCGGGCUCUCAAGAUCUACGCCUUCGAUCCCGAAUCGGCGCAGGUGCCGAGCAGAGAGAACAACCCGGUUGACGAGAUGGUGGAAAUGAUGGUGGCCAGCCCACGCCAACCGGCCGGUGUGCAGCCCGCGGAGGAAAACGUGAGACUAAGUCUUUUGGCGCAACAGCUGGCCGAAGCAAACACGGAGCCGGGCGAUGGGGGCUUUGAG